UCGGGUGGACUGACCGUAGUCAUUUAAAAGGUGGUUGCAGAAGAUAUUAAUAAGCGGAACUAUUGAUAUUGACGUGUUGGCUUACAGGAAGAGAGAACUCAUAUUUCAGUUGCACGCUGUCUCCUCCGUCGGGGACUUGUCGCUGUCUUGUGGACCAGUUUUGACACGGGUUCUGGUCAUGUUUGGGAGUGUUUUGGGUAGAUUGUUAACGAAAACCAUCCGCGUUCACGGCUAUGGGAAACAUGCACCUUUAAUCCAGCGGGCUGCCUCGGCCAGGGGGUUUUCGGACGUGAAGGACGACGUCCAGCUGUCCUUUGACACCUCCCUGCUUGACUUCCUGGUGUGUCCGCUGUCCAAGAAGCCACUGAGAUACGAGGCUAACACCAACGAGCUUAUCAACGACGAGCUUGGUAUUGCCUAUCCCAUAAUCAACGGUAUCCCCAACAUGAUCCCCCAGGAAGCCCGACUCCUGCAGAAAGACGGGGACACCUCAGCCUCACCAACACACCAGUAAAA